AAUGCAAAUUGAAAAUACAAAUUUUAGAGCUAAAGAAAAUUGCUCUCUGAAAGUGGAAACUUUCUCAUAAAGGAAACAAAAACAAUCAGCAAUCACUUCCAAUCACUACCACCAGCAGCAGCAACAACUGGCGGCAAGGUUUGUCUGUAUGUUUUGAUGGAAAAUAUCAACAUUGGCCUUAAGAUUUGCAUAUUGUAAUGUUUAGCUGGAAAGAGAACUUUUCCUUGGUAUAGUUGAACAAAAUGACUGCAAACCAUGCAACACGAAUACUUGAGUUACAGAAUACAGUCGACUUGGAAAGACAGUUUUUCCGUCUGCAGAAAGGUCUGAAGCUCAGGUUCACUUUGAGCCCUUUACUCCAACCUUAUCAUGGCAAACUGUUCUGUAAUCAUCCAGAUAAAGGAAAGGGAUUUAAGCGUAGCCGAUAUCAGGAAUUAGAAUGGCAGAGAUCUUCCAAGUGCAAGUGUGAUGAUGGCGACCGUUUUGCAGAACUUGAGACCCAUAUCCCAGGAUCAUUUCAUUUCUAUUUCAAAUACUCUAAGGACGGGGGAAAAAAGACCGAAAAAGUUUCGGGAUAUUUUGUUGUUGAUCCAACAUUGCGUUUGUCCGAUGAAGAGCAAUUACCAUUGGACUGUGUAGCUUUACAAACGUAUUUGGCAAAAUGCCUGGGUCCUCUAUCAGAGUGGGAAGCACGACUGCGUGUGGCCUACGAAGCAGGGUAUAAUAUGAUACAUCUAACGCCAGUACAGGAGCUUGGUGGAUCAAACUCUUCCUACUCACUACACGAUCAACUGAAGCUAAACAGUUCCUUCAAUGAACCCAAAAUCAAAUAUGAUUUUGAUGAUCUUAAAAAGAAAAUUGAAUUCUUUCAUAAACAAUGGAAGAUGUUCUUUAUCUGUGACAUAGUCCUUAACCACACUGCAAACUGCACACCUUGGUUAAAAGAUCAUCCAGAAUCCGCAUACAAUCUUUCCAACUCUCCGCAUUUACGACCUGCUUAUGUCGUCGAUGAUGCAUUAUGGAAAUUUUCCAGUGAUAUCGCACGGGGAGCGUAUGAUUCGCAGGGAAUUCCCGUUUUUAUUAAUCACGAGGAGCAACUUGGUGCUUUGCAUAGAAUUCUCAGUGAGCAAAUCUUACCUUCGCUGAAUUUGUGGGAGUUUUAUGGAGUUGAUGUUAACAAAGUUGUUGAAGAGCUUAAAGCUGCUUUAGUGGAGAAAGCGAAGGCUUCCAAGAAUUCUCAGUCCGCACUUAGCGAUUCAAAUGUUUCACCUGAGGUUAUGAUUGUACAGGAUCCUGAGUAUAGGCGUCUAGGAAGUACAAUUGAUCUGAAGAAGGCUGUGAACUGGUAUAUAUCAUCAAGAGACACAUCACAUAAUGAAACAGAGUGGAUCAAUCAUUGUUGUUCCUCACUCCGCGUCAUUCUGGAAAGUUUAAACAACAAAAUAAUUCACGAAGUGAUUCCUGGUCAUAUCAGAACUAUAACUCAUAAUAUUGUAUCAACUGUACGUUAUGAACGCCUUGAUGAGAAGGGACCGCGUCUUGGAUAUCUGACGAGAGAACAUCCUCUUGUUAUUCGAUAUUUUAUUGAUCUAAGUGAAGAGGAAGAAGAUUCAACGGAGUUUAAGGAAUCGAUAAUGUACACAUCUCAUAGCAAGUACAUAGCUGCUCACCCGGGUUGGAUCAUGGGGGGAAGUGCAUUAGAUGAUUUCGCAGCCCCAGGUUCUUUCGCGUAUUUGAGAAGAGAAGUGAUUGCCUGGGGCGACAGUGUUAAACUACGUUAUGGACAGAGACCUGAGGAUUCGCCGUUUCUGUGGGCUCAUAUGUUGGAAUAUGUCAAACUUACUGCAAGAAUCUUUCAUGGUAUUCGUUUGGAUAACUGUCACAGCACCCCUAUACAUGUUGCUGAGUACUUCAUAGAUGAAGCUCGUCAAGUGCGUCCUGAUCUCUAUGUCAUUGCUGAACUAUUCACAGAAUCUGAAUUCACUGAUAAUGUGUUCGUAAAUCGUCUUGGCUUGACCUCACUUAUUCGAGAGGCAAUGUCUGCUCACGACUCGCAUGAACAAGGUCGUCUUGUUUAUCGUUAUGGUGGUGAACCUGUUGGUGCAUUCUUUCACCUUUCUGGUAAACCAAUGGUAAACGGUGUUGCUCACGCUCUGUACAUGGAUGUCACACAUGAUAAUCCAAACCCUACUGAGGUCCGCUCCGUGUUUGACUCGUUCCCCACAGCAGCUUUGGUAAAUAUGGCUUGCUGUGCAACUGGAAGUACCCGGGGAAAUGACGAGUUUGUGCCACAUCAUGUGAAUGUUGUGACAGAUAACAGGAAAUAUUUAUCUUGGAAAGAUGCUGGUAAAACCUCACCAAGUUCCCUUUCAUAUUUACCUCUGGACUCUGGCAUGGUGUUUGCAAGACGAGCGUUGAAUAAACUUCAUCGUAUGCUGGCAAAAGAUGGCUAUAGUCAGGUUUAUGUUGAUCAAAUGAGUUAUGAUAUUGUGGCUGUGACACGUCAUUGUCCUGAAAACCAUUCGACAGUUGUUCUCGUUGCUCACACGGCGUUCUCAGCUCCUCCUGGUGACAAAGUUCCUACCACAGAAAAUAAACAUCUGCAGACAUUUGGCAUUAAGCCGCUGCACGUGGAAGGAACGAUUGAUGAGAUAAUUUUAGAAGGUCGAACUUUAGUGAAAGUUGGUACCGAGGAAUAUGUUAAAAGUUCAGAUUUUAUAAAUGGGCUUGAGAGUCAUGCUGUGGAAAUACAUGAACAUUUACCAGUUGAACAGUCGCAGUUUGUACGUGUUGAGCAUACUGAAGGAAGCAGAGAGGUUUAUUUUGAUUCUUUUCCACCUGGAAGUGUUAUCGCUUUCAAGAUUUCCUUAUUUCCACACGUCAAAGAAGCAGUGGAUUCUGUGAGGAAUGUGAUCAGCAAUUGUUGUGGUGAUGAGGCUAGAGAGUGUGAUUCAAUAUUGGAAACAUUAAACCUCGGUGAUAUGAAUCGUAUAUUAUAUCGUUGCGAUGCUGAAGAAAGAGCCGACGGCUUUGGAGGAGGAGCUUAUCACAUCCCAAACUACGGGCCUUUUGUUUACUGUGGCAUUCAAGGCUUUAUGUCAAUGAUUUCUCCAAUACGUACAAACAAUGAUCUUGGUCAUCCACUGUGUCAUAACCUAAGAGAAGGCGACUGGUUAAUGGGCUAUACCGCACAACGUUUAAUGCGCUUUGAGGGUACAAAAAAGUUUGCUGUCUGGCUUCAAAGUGUCAUUGAUCACAUUUCAAAGCUUCCUCGCUUUAUGGUACCAGGAUAUUUUGAUGUUUUUAUAUCUGUAGUAUACAUGCGUCUUACAGAACAUGUUUUGGCGCAAAUGAACAGCUUCAUUCAAAAUGGUUCUGUUUUUAUACGAUCCUUGGCCAUGGGUUCUGUACAGCUAGUUGGUUCAACAACUUCUGCUCCACUGCCUGGACUCUCUCCCAAACUCACUAAUCAAAAAUCCUCUGAAGACUCCUUGCUUCUUACUAUAUCUGCUGGAUUACCGCACUUUUCGGUUGGUCUGUGGAGAAGUUGGGGAAGAGAUACAUUUAUUUCAUUACGGGGACUAUUACUCGUUACCGGACGUUUUCAAGAUGCCAGGGACUUGAUUCUUGCUUAUGGUGGUUGUGUUCGUCAUGGUUUAAUACCAAACUUACUGAAUGGUGGUACUGGUGCUAGAUAUAACUGUCGUGAUGCUACAUGGUGGUGGUUGCAAGCUAUACAAGAUUACUGUAGUAUGGCACCAAAUGGUCAUGAGAUAUUGAACUGUCCGGUCACCAGAAUGUAUCCUGACGAUGACUCGCCUGCUUUAUCUCCUGGGGAAGUCGAGCAACCUUUGCAUGACGUAAUUCAAGAAGUUAUGCAGCGUCAUUUCUGUGGUAUUGAAUUCCGGGAACGAAACGCUGGUCCAGAUCUCGAGAGAAACUCGCCAGAUGAAGCUUUCAAUGUGAAAAUUGGAGUCGAUCGUACCACAGGAUUUGUUUUCGGAGGUAAUAAAUUGAACAACGGCACAUGGAUGGACAAGGUUGGUGAAUCACAUACAGCUGGUAAUGCUGGUGUACCUGCCACCCCAAGGGAUGGAAGUUCAGUUGAGAUUGUUGGUCUUUCAAAGUCAACUGUUAGAUGGCUUGCCUCCGUGGCUAAAAAGAAAAUGUUUCCAUAUAAUGGAGUGAAAGACGAUAACACUGGAGAAACCUGGUCGUAUGGUGAUUGGGAGAAAAAGAUACAAAAUGCUUUCGAAGAAAAAUUUUGGAUUUCUGAAAAAGCGAAUUUGGACAUCGAGGGAGAGGAGACGGGGCUUGUACAUAAGAGAGGGAUUUAUAAAGAUUGUUAUAAAGCAACACAUCGAUUUACCGAUUAUCAACUUAGACCCAAUUUUCCCAUGGCAAUGGCUGUAGCACCCGAAAUGUUCUCUCCCAAGAACGCUUGGACUGCUCUGGAGAUGAUAAGAAAACUUUUACUUGGUCCACUUGGAAUUGGAACUUUAGAUUCCGAUGACUGGGCCUACGAUGGUAUGUAUGAUAAUUCACAAGAUUCUGACAACUAUAAGAAUGCUCGGGGAUUCAACUAUCAUCAAGGACCAGAAUGGCUCUGGGUUUUGGGACCAUACCUUCGAGCUAGAUUACAUUUCUCAAAGAUGAUUGGUGGCAGUAGACAGUUUGGUGUAACAUGUGACGAAGUAAAAAUAAUUCUCUCGAAGCACCAUCAACAUCUCAUCAAUUCACCAUGGCUUGGUCUGCCAGAGUUGACCAACGUCAAUGGCUCCUACUGUAAGGACAGUUGUGAAGAUCAAGCUUGGUCCAUGAGUUGUCUUUUAGAUGUAUUUUAUGACAUGGAGAAAAUGAUGGAAUGAGUUGCUAAAUAGGGUUGAUUGUUUGUAUUCUCACGAUAUAUAAUUAUAUCAAAGAGUGGAGUGCUAACAUUUUGGAAACAGUCAUGCAAAUAUUUUGUUAAUCAGGGACACGUACAUAAGUCAUUGGAGGAGGGUGGGAUUUCGAGCCAAAUUAUCCAAAAGGAAGACUUAUGAAAGUUUUACGCGCAUAAGCACGUUUUCAAAUAUUGCAUAAGAUGCAUGGCGUCCCACCCCAUUCAAUACGGCCCUGUUCAGAAUAUCUGCAAGAUCUAUAUUCUUUCAAUCAUGUAGACGUUUUAAAGGUUGCUAUAGGCCAGUGUUUGAUGAGUUUAUAGAAUUAAGACUUUGAUUUUUUAGUAUGAUUGUAAUUUAAACUAUUUAAGGAACUUAUUGUUCUUAAUAAACAUAUUCUUGUUACAAGAAGUAAUUUUAU